UAUCUGUUUUUGGUGCAAAUUUUCAAAAAGUAUGAUUUAAUUAUUAAAAAUUAUGUUUUUUAAUAUAUUUAUAAACACAAAAACUAACAAGGUAUAUUUAAUACUUCGAAAAUAUACAAAUAUUUAGACAUUACAUUUUUAAUUUUCUAUUCCUAAAAACUUUUUUGGCUAACAUAAAAGGAAAAAGCUUUUUCUCCAACAAUGUAAAAUAUGAAUAUCAAAGGAUAACAUUUAAAAAUUUUAGUGGUAACAAUAUGGCAACGAUGGCAUGCUCAUAAUUAAAAAAUGGCGAAAAUAUUUUUUUUAUUUGUGCUGUACCUUGGAAGCUUUUCUACAAAAACUGGUGGCUCAAUAAAUAGUGAUCCAGCUCCCGGUAGGUCACCUGGUCCACCCUUUUUAAAUAUAUCAACAAGCGGUGAAAUAGAAGAAACAGUUAAAUUAUUACUUAUAGAGCAAAAUAGAUUUAGUGGUACUUCAGAGGAAGGAAGCAAAAGUUUAAAUCUAAAAAAUAAUACAACUGAAACUUCUGCAGAUGGGACGAUGAAGAAUUCUAGUGAAUAUUUAUGUGAAGGAAGUUUGGAAAAUUAUUUUCAAAAUUUCGGUCCAAUUAAUUUAAUAAAAAAGCAUAUUUUUAAUUCUAAAACUAGAAAUGGAACUGAUUUCGAUAAUAUUAUCAGCAUCACGCACAGCAUAUUCAGUAGCGAAAGUCCAAUCGUUUGUGGUCUUUUAUAUAAAGUUAUUCUCGAUUCCAAUUCGUUCCGCAACAUUAAAGAUUUUUAUUUAGAAACCGUUACUUCUAAAGCAGAGCCAACAGGCACUUUUAUCCAAAAAAGUGCACAAAAUUUCUUUCCAAUUUCUUGGUUCCAUUUAAACGAUGGGAAAAUGUUUUGGACUGAAGAUGUUAAUCGUAAUGAGGAAGAAGAUUUAACGAAUUCUGGUUUAAAAAUGGAUAAUAUUAAGAGUAAAACCAAUUGCUUGAAUAAUAAAUGGACGGGGGAAUUUCAAAAUAAUACACAAAUGAGAGCGUUUUGGAUUUUGGAUGAAUACUGUGAUGAUUUGACAGCUGUAGAAUUUAGGUUAUAUUUUUCUUUGAGAAAGGAGGAAGAAGCAAAAUUGCCAAUGAUUUUAAGUAAAAACGUGCAUUACAAUGUUAUUAAAGAGUGUCAAUUGUGGCUGAAAAAUACAUCAGGGAAUUUUGAUCAUACGCAAUUACCAUUAUAUACGAAUAAUUGUACUGUUUAUUUUCCAAAGAUAAAACCGAUAUCAUACGGAGAUACAAAAUUUUUGGUGAAAAUAAAAAAGUUAAAUGUUGCAUGCGAUAGUGGGGGUUAUUUGCAGAUCAAAAAUAAAACAAAAUUAUGUGGAAAAUAUGAGGAAAUAAGAAAAACUGAUUUAUUGCAUCAUUUUGAAAUAGAUGAAAAUUCAUUUAUCAUAAUUCAUAAGAAUGUCAUGUUUAGUAUAGAAUAUCAACUAGUUGAUUAUUGUUAUAAUAUGCUUCUUACUGAUAGAAAUAAUUCAUUUAAAGUGGAAGUAAAUAGAGAAUAUUUGGAUUGUAAUUUUAAAAUACAUUUACCAUACGGAAAUCAAGUCAAUCUAACAUUAGUUGUAAAUCCAGAUUCCAAGCAAAUUCAGCACGAACGUUUAUUAAUCGAUAAGGUAGAAAGUUUAGAUUUUUUAGAUUACAAAUCGCACACAAAUUUAUUUGCUAAAAAUUAUUUUAAUAGCUUCAAUAAUAAUAAUAACACUAAUAAUAGUAAUACUAAUAAUAAUAAUGAUAGUAAUAAUAACAAUAAUAGUAGCAAUAAUAGUAAUAAUGAUUUCAAUAAUAAUAAUAAUAAUAAAAGUAAUAAUAAAACCACUUUUAUUAGUGAUAAUAAUAAUAGUAACACAAGUAAUAUUAAUAGUUUCGAAUACACAGAAAAAAAUAACAAUAAUAAUUAUGAGAAUAUUGAUAGUCUAGAUAGUUUUAAAAGUGAAAGUACUAAUACGAGUUGCGAUGGAAUUUUAUUAGAAAUAAUUGAUAAAAAAAAAAAUUUUCAAUGGACAAAAUGUAUCAAAAAAGAUAAUAUAAAAGAAACAUUUCACUUUAUAUCUUCAAGCAAUAUUUUAAUUGUACGAAUACGUUAUAACUAUAAUCAUCAAAAUAAAUUUAGUUUUAACAAUAAUUCUAAAAAGGUGAAGCAACUGCCAAUAGUUUUUUUGUCAUACAUUGCAAUACCAAUAAUAGAACUAGUACAAGAUUGUCAAUUUGGUUGGAUUGCGUGGCGAAGGUUUUGCAUAUCUGCAAUAGAAAAAGAACUAACUUGGUAUGAAGGUGAACAACAUUGUAUUAAUAAUGGUGGGCAUUUGGCGUCAGUUAGAUCUGAGGCUGAAGAAAAUAUCAUAGACACUAUUAUAAUGAACAGCCCGGGGUACCAGCAGCAAAUGGCUUAUUGGAUUGGAGGUUCAGAUAAAAAUUUUGAAGGUGAUUUUCGUUGGACAGAUGGAAAUAAUUUUCAAUAUUCAAGAUGGUUUCCUGGGUGGAGUCAUCAUAAUAAUUACAACAAACAACCAAAUGAUGAUGGUUUGAGUAAUCAGGAUUGUAUUGAAAUAAGAAAAUAUUUUAAAAUGCCACCGAUUGUGCUAUCAGUUGAAGAGCCAUUCACGAAAACGUUUAUGUGGAAUGAUAGGAAUUGCAAUGAAAAAAAUUUUCUAAUUUGUAAGACACACAUGUCUCAAGAAGACUCAAAUCUAAGUUGGACAAAUGAUUGCAAUAAAACAGUGUCCCUUACAAAGGAACAUCCCAGAGCAUCUGUUUGGAGUCCGGAAUUUCCAAAACCAUAUCCAGAUAACGCUAAUUGUUACACAACAAUAAUAGCACCAGCAAGUUACAAAAUUAUUGUAGAGUUUGAAGAGCUUGUAAUUGAAAAUGAGCCUAGUUGCCAAUACGAUUAUUUGGAAAUAAUAGAACCAUCGCAUAAUUACUUAAAUAUGCAAAAUAUAUCAAAACCUAAUACUACUCAGCGACCUUCUUAUGACGAUUUCAAUUUAAAAAUAGACUUUGAAAUAACGAAAAAUGUAAAUCAUCAAAAUAUUUUGAAUAUUUUUUCUGAUCUCUAUGAGAGUCCUUCGAAUUAUUUAAUUAAAACGCCAGAGUAUCCGAAAGGAUAUACGAUAUUUCCAACAAAAUCAAGUAAUUAUGAAUAUUUUACGAAAAGAAUAUGUGGCGAUUGGAGUCCAAAACUGAAGUUAUUACGUUAUAUAUCAAAUAAUUCGAUUUUAGGGCUUCAUUUCGUUUCGGAUUAUUCACAUCAUUUUGGUGGUUUCAAAGCGAAAAUUUUCAUGCAAAAUAAAAAUAUGGAAUGUCCAGAUGAAAGAUUAGUUUUUCACAAUGGCUCUUGCUAUUUAUUUGGCUCAUAUCCUGAAGUUGAUUGGUGGACUGCUCAGCAAAUUUGUAGGGGUAUUGGGGCGAAAUUAUCGUCAAUUUCUUCAUCCUCUGAGAACAAAUUUCUCAUCACUAGUAUUAGAAACCAAAUUGAUUAUAAUCCGCAAAUCAUUUAUUGGUUAGGGGGGAAGUUAAAUGAGUAUGGAAAAUUUGAAUGGACCAGCAACGAUAAAAUGAUUUUUGAGGGAUGGUUACCUGAUCAAUCACAUGAUACAAGUAAUAGUAAGAUACCCAUGUGCUUGGGAUUACAAUGGAAAGUUCAACCUUCCACAAAAUUACCAUCUGGACUCUACUGGGAAAGUGAAAUUUGUCAGAAAACUGGUGGAUACAUUUGUAAACAAAAGACAAAUAAUGAAAUCAACAACUCAAAUUUACAGAAUGAAACGAUUUCUGGGACAGAAGGGCGAUUAACUUCUCCAGCAUAUCCUAAUCAAUAUCCUAGUAAUACCGAUUAUUGGGUUCAUCUUGUUGCUCCAGAUAAACAUAGGAUUGUGAUUCAGUUCCAAAAAAUUGAUUUAGAAGCUCAAAGCGAAUGUCUUUACGAUUUUAUAACAAUACAAAAUUUAGAGACUGUCUCAAAAAUAUCAUUGGAACCAGGCUCAAAUUUAGUACCUAUAGCAAUGUUAACCUCCGAACGAAAUUUAGAAGAAAGUAAUUAUGAUAACUGGUUGUAUUAUCUUAAAAGAAUAAGAAGGUCCACAGUUAGUAAGUUAUCGAGAUUCGAUUCUCUAUUUCAUGGACAAUACAUUAUUGAAAGAAAGGAUAAAAAGCAUAGAUUUCGAAAUAAAAAAAGUAGAAGGAAAAAGAGAACAUUAAAAAUGGCAUUUACAGAAGAAACUGUUUUAAAUCAACGCAAUUUUGAUAAUGAUAUUAAAUACAACGCACAAACAUUUCUACCAUAUGUUAGAUGGUGUGGCCGCCACGAUACUAAUAUGUCAAAAUUUGACUUUGUUUCAUUAUCAAAUGAGGCUAUAAUCAAUUUUCAUAGCGACUAUUCUAAUUCUGGUGCAGGCUUUGCUGCAAUUUGGAAAGCAAUCGAUUUAUCUGGCUGUCCUUUACAAAUACUAACAUCAAAGGAAGGUGUAAUACAAAGUCCAAAUUAUCCGCAUUUUUUAUUAAAUAAUUUAGAUUGCACUUAUGUUAUUCAAGCUCCCAAUAAUAAGCGGAUUUGGUUAGAAUUUUUAGAUUAUAAUUUAAUAAAUGAUGCAACUCUGUAUCUUGAUAUUGGAAAUGGAUGGUUUGAGCCUUUUAAAAAGUAUAAUCAUGUAAAUGAUGGAAUAUAUUUUGGUGAAAAAGAACAAAUUAAAGUGAAAAUUGAAACAGGUUCAAAACCUCGUGGUAAAGGAUUUAAAAUAAGCUUCAAGACAGAUUCCAUUGGAAAGUCCAUUGAAGAACGUCUCAUAAAUCUAGCGAAUAACACUAAUGGGAAUUUAUAUCAUUUGAAUUAUCCAAAUAAUUUGCCAUCAGAUAUAAAUUUUUCACAACAUUUCAUAGCACCUUUAGGUAAUGUGAUAUUGCUUGAAGUGUUCGGGUAUACAUUGAAUGAAAAUGAGUGUCUUCAUCGUAAUUUUCUUGAGGUUGUAGAUAAUUAUGCAGAUAACAAUGGAACUAAAUGGUAUCUUUGUGACAAUGCAAAUGAAAGCAAAGAUUUUGAUAACUUAAGAGAAAGAGCUCCUGUUCAUAUUACGUCAUAUCUGAAUACAUUACACAUAAGACAGAAAUCUUUUUACAGUUCCGAUUUUGGUUUGAAUGCAUCCGUACGUUUGCAACAAGAUCUUAAUUUGAAGCUGAAAUUAGCAACUGGAGAUGAUUUUGUUGAAACUUGUCAUCCUAAUCCAUGUAAAGAAAAAGGAAAAUGUAUAUCAAAGAAAUCUGUAAAUAAAUGUCAAUGUACGGGAUAUUUUACUGGAAAAUUUUGUGCACUUAAUGUUUGUGAUUUAGAACCGUGUGUUUUUGGUAAAUGUGAGUUAACGGCAACAAAUUUCAAGUGUAUAUGUCAAUCAGGUUAUAUUGGAGUAACAUGUGAGCAGAGACUAAAACCUUGUUCGGAUAAUCCCUGUGAAGGAAGAGGCGAAUGUUUUGAAAAAAAUGAUGAUUUCUUCUGCCGAUGCCAUGCAUGGUGGGAAGGUAAACGAUGUGAAAGAAGGAUGUUACAUAUACCUUAUAAACCGUUGUCGGAGAGAAUGCUUCAAGAACCAUUUUGGUUGGGAUUAAUUACAGUUUUCGUAGUUUUAGCUUUUAUUGGAUUAGUUUGGUGUGCGAAACGUCAUUUUCCAGAGAAAAUUGAAAAAUUAUUAGCUGAAGAGGCGACUAGAAACAGACAAAUUGGAACACUUCACGGUCAUCAUCAUCAUACUUCAUUGCGAGAGCAACUUCAAUUCAACUCUGGAACAUCACAAACAACUUCUGCUAAUGCGCAAGGAGCACCACGUUCAAUAUUUAAUAAAUUGGGUAUAAGAAAACCUUCAAUACUUAGUCUCAGCAGCCCUAAUCCAUCUGGAGGGGCCGCAGCACGAACAUUUUCGCUAGAUGAUUUGUUACGCCCACCUCCUCGACGUUCUUCUUCUCCAAGGAAAAAACGUAAUAAUUCUACACCAGUUAAGAAAAGUGCAGUUGAAAAAAAGCAAAUUUUACAACAUCUUGUGUCACCAGCAAAUCGAGUAUCCAAACCAAAUAUAAAUAACUCCGAUGUAAUAUUGUUAUCUGAUAAAGAGCAACAAUUAGCAACAGAAAGUACAGAUGAAAAUAUAAAAGAAACAACAUUUACAAGUAAUGCGAAUAGUUUCAUAGCAAGGAGACCUCUAAGUGACUCAAAAUUAGAAAAAAAAGUAACAUUUGCAAGACUUUUAGAUAAGGUAUCGGCCGAAAUGAGUUCAGGUUCAGAAAUGGAUGGAGAUAAUGGCACAAGACAUUCAAGUGCUUUAAGUCUUCACUCUGAACUUCAAUUCCGAACGAAUUCAGUUCCACAAUCACCUUGCACUAAUGACAUGAAAUCACCUCAUAGCACUUCAUCAAUUCAAGGAAGUGAAUCAGCAUCAUCUAUUUCUGAAAUAGGCAUAACAAAUGCUAAAACCAGUUUUAAUUUUAGUAAAAAUAAUAAUAGUAUUAAUAAUAGACGCAUUAAACCAAAAGUAUCCAGUGCAGAUUCGAUAUUGGCGAUGUUUAGAAAUUUAGCUUCUUCUUCUACUAUUUCUGGAGCAACGUCGUUGCCAUCAACGUCAAUUUAUAUGUCUCCAUCAACAACACCAACUCCUUCUAGUCCGCAAGAUGAUGCACUUGGAGAUGAUGAAUCAUCAACAUCGUCAUUACGAGCACCUGUUAGUUUUUCUAUUGGCCCUCCAGAUUCACCAGUAUUUUAUAGGCAAACAACAAUUGAAGUACCCGUUUUAGAUGUCAUUAGUGCUCAUAAAACAACAAGUAAUACAAGUAUGCUACACCCACCGGCUGUUCUACUAGAGAUUCCGAGCACUGGCAUAAGCAAAUGUCUUUCACCAAUAAGAGAACUACCAACACCAGUUCCAUCACCUGCAUUAACACCGGUUAUGCCACGGGUUAAUAGAAACGAGAAAAUGUUAACAAAAAAGGAUUUUUUAAUAACAAAUGAUAGCGAACUAGAUGAAAACAUUGAGAAACAAACUAUUAAUACAAUUCUGCCUCAAAAUAUUGUAGACAACACUCAUAAGGCUUCAUCCAACAAUUUUGCAAACAAUCAAAAUUCCGCUACAACAAAGUCAUUCGCCGAAACAAAAGGUGUAGACAAUUUGAAAUCAAAUUUUGUUUCAGUACCAGAUAUAAAAUUUGAAAAGGAACCGAACUCACCGUCUGAUGAAAAAGCCCAAAGGCCAAGAAACUUAAUAAUCCCAACGUUAGUCGUAGAGCAACCCAGUCCUACAAAAAACCGAUUACCAGUAAUAAUUUUUCCAGGUUCUCCACCACCUGGUCGAGCUAGUGCAGGAGAGAAAAAUCUUAUGUUUUCUGAAAAGCCUCAACAGAAAAGAUUAUUUAAGCAACUUGAUAAACCAAGUUCUUUAGAUUUCCCACCUAAUACACCCACUAUUACUGUAACAUCAAAUUCUAGUGAUUUAGAAUCUGACGCUGACGUUUUGUCACCAUCUCAAAAAGAUGCAAAUACUUCAUUAUUAAUACCUGGUGUUACAGUUGGUAUGUGUUAUUUAAGUCCAUUCGCAAUUUGCACAAGAGCUGACCGUACAAUUUCCGAGUCAAAUUUAAGUUCUUCAGGUUAUUCAAGUAUGGCCAGUCCGGGUCCUAGUCGAUGUGGGUCAAGUAAUCCUCUGUAUUCAAAUGAAAAUGAUGAUAAUAAUAGUGGGCACCCAAAUUUAAACAAUACAUUUUAUAAUAAUUUAUUAGUUAGACGACAAGCAAAUAAUUUAGCUACAAAUAAAGAUAAGCAUAUUGGUAAUAAAAAAUCUGGUGAUGUGGCAGACCGCUUAAAAUUACAUUCAGAUUCAGAAACAAUAUCUGAUGAAGCAUUUAUAGAAUCAAAUGACGAAGGAAUUGGAACAGACAAUAUUGAAGAGAAAAACGAUUGUUUAGAAAUUAAAAAAGCAAAAGAGUUUGAAAUAUAUUUGCAAAAUGACUUGCUACAAUCUGGCAAGAAGUUAUUAACGUCAGAUGAAACUACAACUAUGGCACAAUUGCGAUUACCCACCAUGACUGUUAACCAAUCAAAUGAAAGUAUUGAUAGAGGAUUAUCACCAGUUUCUUCAAGAUCAGAAAGUCCGCUUAGUGAAAAAAUGACAGGUUUUGGUAAAUUUUCAUAUCAUUUUUAUGGUCGAAAAGAUCAGCAAUUACCGUUCACUGAUUCUGAUGGAUUAUAUGAUUUUCCAUCAUCGGAUGGAAGAAGCGCGCCUAGUACCCACCAUAGAAAAUCAAAUAAUAAAAAACGUGAAAGAAAAACAAAUAAGCCUAUACAAAAUGCACCUGCUAAUAUAAGUGAAAGCACCUUAAAAGAAGCACAUUCGAAUUUUAGUACAUUGAAGCAUUCACAUCAUGUUCAUCAGAAUAUUUCUGCAACCCGUAAGAGUCCAAAAAGAAGAACUUUGCAAAGAACCACGUUAGUUAAUAGUUCAUCAUCAACUGAAAGUUUAACAUCGCCUCAGGAAUUGAAAAUAUCAACACGUUUAUCACUUCAAAAAAGUAAAACUAUAAAAAUUCCAUCAGAAGAAAAGUUGCCUGAGGAGUUUUGUAACCGAAGAUUUUGUAAAUAUUUAAAUAAAUCCGAAAACAAAACCAAUUAUCUAAAGGCCAUAGGAAAUCAGAUAAGAUUUCUUCGCAGAAUCGAGAAAUCUAUCAAGAGAAGAAAAAUUUUAGACUCGGCAGAUGACGAGGAAAUGUUUGAUGACGAUGAUGAUGAAAAAUCUAGCAAAAAUGGUUUAUUAUCCGAAUUACCGGUAACGGUUGAAAAUACAUCACAUAAAAGCUUAGCUAUGGCUCGAAAAAACCCAGACACGAAAAAUGUAAAAUAUUUAGGCUAUAAUAGUUUUUGAACAAACUGAGUACUAUAAAAUUCAGUUUUGUUUUUUUUUAAUUUCAAAAAACAUAACAUGUAAUUAUUAUCAAUAGCAUAAUUUAUACUGUAAAUUCAAAUUUUACAUUAAAUAUUUAAAAGAAUUCAUAGAAUACAUAAAUAAAAGUUAAGUCGGCGUAUGUACAUGUAAUUACAUUAAACAACCAGAUUUAGAUAGUUACACAUUAUUUAAAUAACAUGCACAUUAUUAUAGUUACUUUUAACACAAAGUAAUAAUAUGAUUUUCAUAAAUUAUAGCUCAUAAGUCUCAACAUUUUACAAACUCAAAAUCAUAUUUCAUAAAAAAAAACUUUCUACAGACGUACGUACCUGUUAAGUAUGUCCAUAUGUAAUAAAAACGCAAUUUUACAUAACCAUUCAAAUAGUUCAUUUUCCAAUACAACAGUACAAUAAAAAAAUUUUUACCCACUUGUUAUGGAAACUUUAUUUUAUCAAAGCUUUUUUUUUAAUUUUCUUUUUGUGCAAUCUGUUAUUUAUUUUCUAUAAAUGUACAAGUGUUUAACUGUGCAAAAAAUUAUUAAAAGUGUCAUUAUUUUAACUUAUACACUAUGUAAUACAAGCCGCGUUUUUCAUAAAAAUUCAUUAUGUUUUUGUUCAAUUUACAUAAUAUUUUAAUUUUAACCUAUAUUCUUUAAUUAUUUUUGGCUUUUAUUAACCCAGAAGAUGUAAGAAUUGAAACUAACGUAAAAAAAAUCAAUUUGUCAUUUUAUUGUCAUAAAAUAAAUGUGAUUAGACAAACUGAAUUAAACGAAUUUUAGUUUAUCGAAGUUAAGAAUAGAAGAAUAUCGAUUCAUUUAAGCUGAUAAAGUGGUGAGUUGAAUAAUUUUUUUUUUAAAAAUUGUUGACACAAAUAUAAAUUGUCUGGAAAAUGGGGUUAUAAAAAUUA